CAUCCAGGGAGCAUCCAGGUCUGGAGUUUGCCAUGAAGGUCACCCUGGUGCUCCUGGCGCUGGCAGCUCUGUGCCUGGCAUUUUCCACUGCAGAUGCUGCCACACAGGAUGAGGUGGAUUGCAGCGAGUACAAGAGGCUGGAGAGGGGGAGACCCAUUUACUGCGAGAGGCUCUACCAGCCCUUCUGCGGCUCCGACGGCAAAACCUACAACAACAAAUGUUCCUUCUGCAAGGCUGUGCUGAGGAGCAGAGGAGCCCUGCACAUGAAGCAGGUGGGAGCCUGCUGAGGGAGCUGUGCUGCCAGUGCUGAGAACAGCUCCACAUUCCCUGGAUUUCCUCCAUCCUGCCCGUGCCAAACCCAGCCCGAGGAGAAUUGCCAGCUCUGCUCUCUCACUGCUGCUUCUCUCUGCUCCAGAGCUGGGGUUGACGCUCCUGUCCUUGCAGCAAAGCUUGACACGAGCAUUUUGUUGGAUAUUUGUCUCCAUGGCUGAAGUUCAAAUCCUCUGACAGUGCCCCAAGUCUCUUCCCCUCGUUGAUUAAAUGUUUUCUUUCCUUUACCCAGAUAUUUUUUCCCAAAGGGUUCAGCUUUCCCUGGCAGUGCUUUGAUUCUCCCAGUUUUGUAGCUGAAUUUUAAA